UUGAAUCUCGGCCAGCUGGAAGACGAUGGACGCGAAGACCUUUAUCCUGCUGACCGUAGCCGUGGCUAUAUUCGCCUGCCACACGAUCGCACAGUCACAUUACGCUGAGGAAUCAGAGGAAUCCGAGGAAUGGUGUCCGCCUGAUGGCAACAAUUCUGAAAAUAGCAAUCCGAAUAAAACCGGGCACGACUCCGCCCUGUGCGCCGACUUCCAGCACAUUCGCGAUAUGAUCAAUCAGGAGGCUCUGCUGAACCUGAUCGAGGUGCACUACAAUUGCGACCGGAAGUUCCGGUGCGCCAUGCGGUACUACAACACCAGCAGAUUCGAGAGGACCACCCAGCAGCUGACGAAUACGGAUGCUUACCAGACCAUACUCCGCGAACUGCAGUCGGAAGGUGUGGAUGUCGCCGACAUCGAGACCGUGGCGGACAUCUUCCACUGCAUCAUACUGCCCGUCCGCCAGCCCAAUCGCAACUGCGACUGCAAGGCGGUGCGGCACCACACCUUCGUCGGCGACCUGCUCGCCAUCAUGCCGAAGCAGGAGGUGCACAACUACGUUGCACAGUCGCAAGCGAACCACACCAAUUUCGGCAACUUCACCCGGACGGUGGUCUCCAAGGAGUUUCAGGCCACCCUGAAGGCCAACAUUAACAAACGCGACGUGGUGAAGCCACUGCGCACCCUGCGCAGAAACGGCUGGAACAUCCCGGAGCUGCUCCGCGCCAUGCUGACCAUCUUCCAGUGGUGAGCGGAGCACUCGCAGCUGGAGUACUCGGGGUGCCUCAAUCGUAUGUAAGCCCAAUAAAGCAACAAGUGAAAGGAAA